AUAUCUUUCUAAGAAUAACUAACGAAAUUUAUAAAAAAAAUAAGCUAUGGAGGAGAUAAUAGAAAAUGAAAAUAGUGAAUUAGGCUAUCAAAAUUUAUUGCCUGUUGCGAAUAUUUUACGUAUUAUGAAGACAGCACUUCCAGAAAAUACUAAGAUUGCACAUAAAGCUAGAGAAUGUAUGCAAGAGUGUGUUUCUGAAUUUAUUAGUUUUAUUACUUCAGAAGCAUCAGAAAAAUGUCUUCAAGAAAAACGUAAAACAUUAAAUGGUGAAGAUAUUUUGUCUGCAAUGAUAACAUUAGGUUUUGAAAACUAUGCUGAGUCCUUAAAAAUAUAUCUUUCAAAAUACCGUGAAAUGUUAAAAGCAAAUCGUGAAGGAGCUACCCCUUACUAUUCAAGCUAAUGAGAUCCAAGCUUUUCUUUUAUAAUAAUGUCUAUAACUAAUAAUC